AUGAUCUUCUCAAACCUCCUCCUUGCUUCCGUGGCUGCUGCUGGAGUCAUCAAGGUGCCUUUGAAGGGCGGACCGGCCCACGGUGACAUCUCUAUGGGUCAGCUCUACUAUUUGGCCGACAUUGAAGUGGGCACUCCUUCCCAGCAAGUCAAAAGUGUGAUUUUCGACACUGGAUCGGGACACUUGUGGGUCCCUGGUACGAACUCCACGGCUUGUCUUCAGGGCCAAUGUCAGCAAGGUGUUUCAUUUGACAUUUCGGCCUCCAAGACCUGGAAGUUCAACGGAUACGCUCCUGGCUGGGAUGGAAAUGGAAUCACUGGAAACGACACUGUCAAGUAUGCGGGUCUUGACGUUGAUAUGCAGGUGUGGGUGUCUCUUGAUACCAUUGAUAACAACCUGGGAGUGUUUGGGCAGGGUCCAUUGAAAGGAGAUGAUGCACAAGCGAGCUACGCAGAGAGUCUGGCCGCGGCAGGUAAGAUCCCUCGGUCGAUUUUCUCACUUAACUCUGAAGAACCAAUUGGAACUCAUGAGACAUCUUCUUCGUGGGAUCACGUCAUUUCUAACGUGUACUACGGCGGAUUCGACUCCAAAAAGUACGAGGGUCCUCUGACGACGGUUGACAUUGAAGAUGUGGACUACGAAUUCUACCAGGUGCCCAUCUCUGGAUUCAAAGUCGAUGGAAAAGACGCCCAGCAGGAUGUCAAACAUAGUGUCAUUCUGGACACAGGAGGUAUCACCCUAGAGCUCUCUAACUCAACUGUGGGUCAAAUCAGCAAUCAGCACAAUGGAGGUUACGACUCCAACGGAUGGUAUGUUGACUGCGGAGCCAAGCCCACUCUUGAGUACGUGUUUGGCACGACUUUUGUUCCUGUGGACUUUUCCAUCUUUAUUAGGAAGGACGACCAGGGAAAAUGUCGAUUUCCGGACAUCACCAUCGCUCCCGAUGACCAGAAGACGCUACUGACGGGCCCUCCUUUGAUUUCCAGAGCCCUGGUGAUUUUUGAUUCCACCAAGCGACAGGUUACCAUUGCCAAGGCCAAGUACACCCAAGAAUCUGACAUUGUGGAGUUGAGUGGGGAUAUUCCCGGAGCUGUUCAUGUUUGGUCGAAUUAG